AUGGGGCAGUGCAUGGGAUUUCCUCGGCCUCGCCCCGGGCAGUGCUAUCACCCGGACAAAAGUCUUUCAGAUGAGGUGGAAAUGGCUACAGUCCGCAUGCAGGCGCUGGGCAAUGCCAAGGAGAUCCUCCUCAACCCGAGCCUCAGGAUUCUCCAUGACAAUAUCCUGGGCCUGGGAGUUGGUACUGGGGGGACGGGGGACGGUUCCGCCCCCGUCGAACGCGGCAUGAGAUGGAGGGUCAAGCGGCACCGCCCCCCAUCAUGGAUGGUGGAAUCAGGCCUCCGCCAAAAGCCUCGCCACAGAGCUGGCUCUGCCAAGGGCAAGGACAAAGGUCGCUGGGGUACCCCCUUCUACGACACCAGCAGCGAGGAGUUUUCCAGUGGCGGUCCUGACACUGAGUCCUCUGGCCCGGAGAUCGAUAGGCGCCGCCGCCCUCCACGUUUGACAACACGAUGCGGUGGAUCUGUGGAGGCUGUGGAGAACCUAAUGGGCUUCAUCGGUAUGGCUGCAAUGGGUGCCGUCGCUCUCGACACGCUGCAGGAGAGGGCGACACACUGGAUAUGCCCCGACUGCCAGGAUGAGACGACCAUCAAAGCGAACCAGUGUUCUGGAUGUGGAUGCUGGCGGCCAAGACAUGGGUCUCUCAUCAAUAACGGCCCUGCCCCCGACGACCUGCUGGUGCACCCGAGGGCGUCCACAGACGAGCAGAUGGAAGAGGAAGGCGUCACCGCCCUCUGUAAGGGUAUGGGCGCACUGCCCGAGGGACCUCUGCCCCCUACUCCAGCCACCCCGAAAAGCUAUGCCGCACCGCCACCGGCGUCUGGUGGCCUUCAGCCUCUGGUCGACCCGAAGGCCAGGGGCCCCACAGAGGAAAGCCGUCCUAUGGCGAUUGUGGCACCGAACGGCGAUCUACCGCCCCUCAGCCCUGCGACCGGAGACCAUCGCCCCCUGUUCACCUUUCAGGACUUCCUGAGGAACCCCAGCCUUGGUCAACAUUACAGGGGGAAUGAGGGGCCACCUCGCCCAGGCCGUGCCGCCCUACCCUGCAUUUACCCGGCCGCGCUCCGCCUGCUCCCGCUUGCAGAGACCUAUGCGGAAGCGGACCAAGCCCAGAAUGUUAUGGGCCGGUGGGCUACGCAGAUCUUGGGCAAUGGGCCGGCAGUUCCGCCAGAUGAGGGCGUACCGCCUGCAGAUGGCAGUAAGGGUGCCUCCGCCCCGAGUUCGACGCCGAGUGGCAAAGGCUCCGGGAACGCUGGCAAGAGAGCCACGCACUGGUACUGCAAAAGGUGCUCCUAUAGGGUGCCAAUCACCCGCACGAUUUGCACCAUGUGCAACCGUGACAGGGAGCAAUGCGUGGUAUCUGAUGACGAGGAACCGGAGGAUGAUGUCGUCCUCAACAAAGAGGAGCUCGAGGAAGUUGCCCGGCUCGAACGAGAAUGCGCGGACCUGGAGCAAAGGAUGAGAGGCCUCAACGCCGGCCAGCAGCGGGCACUCCUGGAAAACCUCGCGAACAGCUCGAGUGCCGUGAUGGGAGGGCUUUUGGCCGAUACCAUCAGGCGCACCGCCCAGCUACGAGGCCAGAAGGGUAAAGGGGGGUCCAGCAAUGUCAAGGUGAGGGCAUCCAACGACACUGCUCGCAACGACCCCAAGUACCUGGCCGAUUUGGAGGCAGGUGUAUCCACGGCAGUGGCGUUUCAACGCCAUCGCUCCCGACUUCGUGCCGUACAACACCAGGUGGCCCAGGGCAAUGUGGCGUUACAGCCCCGUGCCACUCCCCUGCAGAGGGUGAGGGCGCUACCGCCCAUGAUGAGCUUGGGCCGCUCCCAUCGCCUUCAUCUCCUCAACAGAUUGGAGAGACUUGAAAGGCGGGGAGUCACCUGGACCCAGGAGGAGCAAUUCCUCGAUUACUUGGAGGCGAGAGUCAAUGCGGAUGCAGAGAGAGCGGAGCCCACAACCGCUUCCAAAUCCGCAGGUGCUCCACCCCCCCCAGGUGUACCACCUCAUACUGGCACUACAGCGAGCACCCCGUCGGGAACCUCUUCUGCACCAUCGGGUACAACCGCGGACGGGCGGCCAGAACCUCCCCCACCUCGUUCCGAUCAGCCGGAAGAUCGAGAAGCUGGGCGGCCAGUGCCUCCGGACCAAGGUGACGAUCAGCCGGGAGCCCAACCCUCAGCUCCUUCUACAACGCCUGAGGGAGGUGAUGCUGCAGGUGACACCGCCCCAGCUGGGAACGAUUUACCGGCUGAUGAUUCAGCACAAAGUUCCGCGGUGGGCGGUUUUCAUCUUUAA